AUGUAUCACCAUCACAGAUCCAAUCCAUCAGAUACUCACUGCACCAACAAUUCGCCAACAACACGGAACCGAAUACAAAAUGGAUACCCACAUUCGUUUGUGUUUAACAGACAUGAACUUCCAAAUGACUACUGGGCUGAGCCAACACAAGUAUUGACGAUUGACGAAGCACUAUUCAGCAUUCGGUACAAUGACAGCCUGGGCCACUCGCAGAUAUUCGAGGAGUUCUGGAACUGCGCAAACAUCCGAAAGGAUGCAGCACAAGGACCAGAUAUUGCCAAGGGCACGCGUGCUUCCGAGACACUCAGAGAAGAGCUUCCUAUGCGACAACCACUUAUUUUGAUGGGCACAGGCUUCAACGAAUUCUGUCCAACCGAGGCAAUCGGCGAGCACGAUGAAGACAAAUCAGUGCAAUAG